GGCUUUGGUUUGUUGGUGAAAGUGAAAGUCGGGAUCGAAAUACGGAGAUCCAUGUGGCCGUAACAACAUCAAUCAAGUUUCAACAGUCAAGUUGGACUUGAAUCUGUGUAUACUAGGAACAAUUUAUUGGGCAAGGUUUAUUAGACGCCUCCACACCAUGGGGACGUUGGAUGAGGUUCGUAGGAUCUGGGCCCGGGCUGAUGCUGUUUGUUUUGACGUAGAUUCCACUCUAGUGAUGGACGAAGGACUGGACGAGCUGGCUAAGUUUUGUGGGGUCGGCAAAGAGGUACAGGAAUGGACCACAAAGGCCAUGGGGGGAGGUGUGUCUUUUAGAGAGGCACUCCAGGCUCGUUUGAAUAUCGUCAAACCUUCACAUCAAAAGCUGGAAGAUUUUAUAGCACAGCAUCCACCAAAGUUCUCUCCACAUAUCCAGGAAUUGAUCUCUGAGCUACACAGAAGGAACAGAAAAGUUUACUUAGUGUCGGGAGGAUUCCAGAGCAUCAUUCUACCAGCAGCCAAACUACUCAACAUUCCAGCCCAGAAUGUCUUCAGUAACAGACUGAAGUUUUACUUUAAUGGUGACUAUGCGGGUUUUGAUGAGGGUCAGCCAACCUCUUCCUCCGGGGGUAAGGCUGUGGUGGCGGGGAUCAUAAAGAAUGAGUUUAACAGCCAGACCCUAGUGGUGGUAGGCGACGGAGCCACAGACAUGGAGGCGGUGCCCCCCGCAGAUGCUUUUAUUGGUUAUGGAGGUAACGUGAUCAGAAGUUCUGUAAAAGAGAAGGCUGCCUGGUUUGUCACAGAUUUUAGAGAGCUUAUUCAGGCACUGGACAGCUAAAGAUGGUUAAUUUUAGGAUAUUAUAUUACAAUUGAAAAAGGUGAUGGUGCAAUGGAUAAAAUGUAUGUAAUAUUUAAAAGGCAUUUUC